UUAAUAAUUUCUCAUUCAUUUCAUACCCAAAUUUCCGAAACCUCGACGACAAAGACGAGGGAACCAAAAUCGUCAGGGCCGGCGGCUUGUGAAGUAGAACUGUAGAAGAGGAGUUCGUGCAAGGACUGUCGGCGGAGAUUGAGUGAAAGCCCUUACUUCUGUAAAUCAGAUUGUUCUCAGGCUUUUGCAGAUCGCGUUUAAUCUUAAACAGGUGGGAUGCUACUGGAUUAAGCAUAACUAUCUAGUUUUCUCGCGUCAUACUUUCUGAAGUUAUGGCUCCUAGGAGAAGGGUUUUGUCAGCCUCAGUGGAGCCCCAGCAAGUGGAGCCUCAGCCGAUGGCGACUGUGGCAGAGGAUCCGCCGAUGUCGACUGUGGCAGAGGAUCCGCCGAUGUCGACUGUGGCAGAGGAUCCGCCGUUGGCGCCGCCAAAACUAGGGCUGGUCCUGUUCGCCUCCGCCCAUUUCUUUUUCCCGUUUGUCUAUCUAGUCUUCAUCCACUACAGGAUCGAAGAGGAAUUGAGGCGGUCGAUUGCCAUUUGCGCAGCUAUGAGCUUCGCCGGGUUUGUCGUCUGUCUGAGGAUGAUACCAGUGGCCGCGCGGUACGUGCUGAAGAGAAAUAUGUUCGGAUACGAUAUCAAUAAAAAGGGAACACCUCAAGGGAACAUCAAAGUGCCUGAAUCAUUGGGCAUAGUCAUCGGGAUUGUCUAUUUGGUCAUUGCAAUACUGUUUCAGCAUUUCAAUUUUACCGCAGACUCUAAUUGGCUCGUUGAAUACAAUGCAGCGCUGGCAUGCAUUUGCUUCAUGACUCUGCUUGGAUUUGUUGAUGAUGUUCUUGAUGUUCCCUGGAGAAUAAAAUUGGUGCUUCCAUCAUUUGCCGCACUUCCAUUGUUGAUGGCAUAUGCUGGACAUACAUCAAUAGUCAUACCAAAGCCUUUGGCUCAGUUUGUUGGUGUAGCAUUCUUGGAUUUAGGCUGGAUAUACAAACUCUACAUGGGAAUGCUGGCAGUGUUUUGCACAAAUUCCAUCAAUAUACAUGCUGGUCUCAAUGGCCUUGAAGCAGGACAAACAGUUGUUAUUGCAGCUGCAAUUCUUAUACACAAUGUGAUGGAAAUUGGUACAUCUUCAGACCCUGAAUACAAGCAAGCUCAUGCAUUCUCUAUUUACCUAAUGCUUCCCCUGUUGACUACUUCAUUAGCUUUGCUUUCAUACAACUGGUAUCCUUCUUCGGUUUUUGUUGGUGAUACAUACACCUACUUUGCUGGAAUGGCCAUGGCUGUAGUUGGUAUACUUGGUCAUUUUAGCGAGGCACUGAUAGUCUUCUUCUUGCCUCAAGUUCUGAACUUUCUCUUAUCAUGUCCUCAGCUCUUGAAGUUUUAUCCCUGUCCAAGGCAUCGCCUCCCAAGUUUUGAUCCUAAAACUGGGCUGCUUACUGGAACUGAUGAUGGGACGCUUGUUAACCUAUUCCUCAGAAAAUUUGGCAAAUGCUCAGAAAAAUCACUGUGCAUCAGGCUUCUAAUUUUCCAGGCUUUGGCAUGUCUCCUGUGUUUCUGGUUUAAGCACAUCCUUGCAGGUUGGAGGUAGGGAUUAGAAACUAUUGCAAGCUUUACAAUCACCUUGCACUUCUUUUUGGCACAUCAGCUUUUUAUCAGAACAAUAUUUAUUGAGGAUUUUAUGCUCAUAGUUUUUGCUAUGCGUGUCUUGAGGCUAUGAAUAUCUAAAGGUCAUAAUUUUUUUCCCAAUCUGUAGUGUUUAUGUAUAACUUGGCACCGGUGACAAUAAUCUGCAACUGAACAUUUGUCAUUAAUCUUAUCCCAAUUAUUUGGAGUCAAUUUAAUAAGAAAUCCAUCUGAACUUUUA